AUGGGUGCAGAAUCAAUUCGUGCUAAAAUCCAAGUGCAAUAUACAUUGAGAAACACAUUUUGGUGCAAGGAUUACAAGUCUGGGAUAGAUAUAUUUUUACAUGAAGUGCAGAAUGUUAAUGAAAUACUAUUGAAGGAGAUGGAAACGUAUUCUAGUUUCCAAACUGAAUGCUGGACUCCUUUUUUAAAAUCUCUGAACCAUUUGAAUGAUUCAGUGGUAGUACCAUCACAGGGACAUAAUCCUUUGAUUUUUAAUCUAUUGACACAUUUUGAAGAUUUGGAUAUUGAAGGAGAUGUUAUAUUUAAUUGUACCAGUCCUUUGAGGAGCCUGUUAAGUGAAACUGGUAAAUAUUACAGAUCAGCCAACGAUGAUUUGAAUUCAGAGUAUGAGAACUUCAUUAAAGCAUUUAUAGAACUGAAGGAAACUCUGAUCGACUGUGAAAAAAAAGCAGAUACUAUUUCUUGUAGGUUAAGUCUAGAGCAAGAACCAAGUCAUGGAGAGCAGGGUGAGGUUACUAUUUGCAUGGGUGCAUCUGAAGAAUCAAGGAAUUUGCCUAUAUUCAAUGUGAGUUAUCCUUUCGAAUUGGAUGAAAAGUUAAUCUUUCCAGAUGAGGGCAAUUUCUUACAAUUUCUAGAACGUUUAAAACGAAUGGUUCCAGUUGAGAAAAGAAUAAUAUCCAUUCCAGGUUUAGCUAAUGAAGGAUUUCAGGGGAAAUUAGUAAUGAAUGAACUGAAAAAAAUGAAUGCACGAUUGGACACAUCUUUAUUUAAUUUGGAUCGAAUAGGGCAACUAUUUCUUGACCUUAACAUUAUCAAUGAAUAUUCCAUUGGAUACCUGAAUGCAUUAUCUAGAAAUACAUUAAUGUUUAACGGUGAAAAAUAUUAUACUUGGAAUGAUUCAAUUUUCCUUCAGAGAGCUCCACAAGUUGUUGCAGUCCCCUCUACGAGUAAGAAAUCUUACGGUGAACUAGCAGAGAAUGACAUUAAAAAGGCUUCCAGAUCCGUUUCUGAUUGGAUAAGAAAGGUAAGCAUGCCAACAGGUGCUAAUGAUCAUCAAGAUCUGGAGCUAACAAUAAGUCAAUUUACUCAAUUACAGAAAAGGCUUUCACAAAGAUAUUGCAAGUUGGAAUAUUCUCGAGUUCAAUUGGAAAAGGCGAUUUUCCAAUAUUCCAAGAAAUAUUGUGUGAUAACAAAGGAAAUUGAGCGAGAGAUUAACAAGAGCAGACGGAAAUUCAAAGAAAUAACCAGUGGUUUAAUGAGAGAUAGUACUAUUUCUGAUGGUACAUCGUUUAAAUUUAAAUGGCAAAGGCAAUCCAAUGAACUCUUAGGUUUUUAUGCUAGGAUGAAUUGUAUCCCAUUGAGUAAAUGGGUGGUAAUUGAUGAUAGAUCCAUGAUUAAGAAGCACUUUAUGUUUGCCCAUCCCAUAAAUGAUGACAUCAUGAAAACUAUUAAAUUUAUUAUUCAAAAUUUAACCAACAAAGGUCAUGGAGACUUGAUUUUACAAGAGGAUGAAGGCGAAGACAAUUUAGCCAAGACAAUUUAUCAAAAUUGGAAAAAUGAUAUUGAUUUACUUCGUGUGGCCAAUCUACGAAGAGAGCUUGUCCACAUAUUUAUAGAUAAUGGGGAUAAGGGGAAUUAUUCCACGCUAAUGGAAUUAAUAUCAAACCAGAAUCCAAGUGGUGCGAAAUAUUUGAUUAGUGAUUGGCUUGGAUUAUUAAAGUUAUGGUUAUUAGAAUUGCCAAACAGCAUCCUGCCCCCUCAAUGUUACGGAGACAUAUAUUCCCUUGAUGUAAGCAAAGAAAAGAUUGAUACUAAAUGGUUAAUGAAGGUCCCUUCGAGCAACAUUAGAUUAUUGAUUGAAAUAUGGAAACACUUUCAAUGGUUGGAAAAGAAAUUGCCUGAUGGAAUUAGUUUAGUUGAUUUAUUCUAUGACAAUGGAGAUGUGCCAUUAUAUCGAUACUUUUUGCGAGAUUCGAAAUCCAACGAUCCGACUGAGGUUACAGUUCUAGCACCCAGAGUGCAUUAUCUAUUUACCAACGAAAAAAUCAUACAAGAUUUGGAACGUCUCCUAACAGAACGACAGGAUCCUGAGUCAUCUGAACAAGCUAGUGUGUCACCAAAGAGCCGUACUCGUUCGAUUGAAGAGUUGGCGCCGGCACCAAUAAUACUAAUCGACAAGGCGGACUCACAGACAAGAACACCCGUUAUGACGAUGCACUCGCCGGAUAAGAAGAGUCUACUGGAUAUCAAUGAUGAGGACUUUGUUCCCAAACCGUUCAAGACCAACUCCACGCCUCCAUCGCCUCAGGGCAAGAGACUAAGUGGAUUGAAUCUCCUAAUUGCAACAGACGACUGA